CUUCCUGGGGUUUCAACUUUCAAACCUCCACAGUUUUGCCUGAAUGGAGUUUGAGAAGAGAAAGAAAGCCACUUUGGCCACCAUGACUUCUUCAGAACCUGACAAAUCACCAAAAGGAGACAUAGACACACCUCUAAUCCCACUUCUUCAAACCCUCAACUCUCACCCUUCUUACUUCACCACCAGUUCUUGCUCCGGCCGCAUCUCCAUCCUCUCCACCCCAACCGCCGCCGCAACCACCGCCGUCAAGAAGAAAGCCAAAGGUGGCACAUGGGUCUUCAUCACCCAUGAACCAGCUGACCCUUUUUCGGUUCAAAAUCUCAUCUUUCCUCCAAACCCAACUCAGAAUGACAUUCAAGAAAAUCUUGUUUUCAGAUUUGAACCUUUGAUCAUUGCUGUUGAAUGUAAAGAUGUCUUGUCUGCUCAAAAGUUGGUGUCUUUAGCUAUUUCAUGUGGGUUUAGAGAAUCAGGGAUUACAAAUGUCAGUAGUAAGAGAGUGAUUGUGGCGAUUCGAUGUUCGAUUAGGUUAGAAGUGCCUUUGGGAGAGACUUGUAAGAUCAUGGUGUCAAAGGAGUAUUUGAAUUAUCUUGUUGGGAUUGCUAAUGAGAAAAUGGAAGCUAAUAGGAAAAGAACUGAUAGUUUUCAUGAUGCAUUGUUGAGGAAUGAGUUUAUUGCUCGACCCGAAAUCAGUACGGGGAGUGGUGAUUGUGAGUUCCUAAACUUGAAUCAAGAUUUGGGUGAUAAAGAUUGCUCAAUGGUUACUGCUGGGUUGGAAGAUAUUCAACUUACAAGUGAAAUCAAAGAUGGCGCAAGUAAUGGAGUUCCUGAGCUUCCUAUAAAACCGAUGGUUAUCACUGGUGAACCAGUUGAGAAGCUUCAUCUUUGGGGCCAUUCAGCCUGUACGCUUGAAACUACAAAAAAUCCCAAAUCAGUGUUUGUGUUUGGUGGUUUUGGAGGCGUAGGAAGGCAUGCAAGGAGAAAAGAUUCAUGGCUUCUGGAUUCAGUAUCUGGUCAACUUCAGUUAGUUGACUUUUCAAGCACCCCAUCCCCGCGUUUGGGUCACACAGCUUCUUUAGCAGGAGAGCUUAUGUUUGUUAUAGGAGGUAGAGCCGAUCCUGGGAAUGUGCUAAACGAUGUUUGGGUUCUUAAUACGACAAAUAACGACUGGAAACAGGUACUGUGUACCGGAAUUGGAUUUCCUCACAGUCAUCGACAUGCAUCGGCAGUAAUUGGGUCAAGCCUCUAUGUUUUUGGCGGGAUUCAGAAUGGCAGCAUCUCGUCAGGAAUGUACAGGCUUGAUACGCAAAACUUAACAUGGGAAGAAGUAGUUGUUCAAGGGCAAAUACCGUCACCUCGUCAUUCUCACACAUUGGUAGCCCACGGUGCUCAACUAUUUAUGUUUGGAGGAUAUGAUGGGUCGAAAGCACUUGGAGAUUUCUACAGUUUUGACAUUCAUUCAUGCACUUGGAAGAAAGAAAAGAUGGUGGGAAGUACACCGUAUGCACGGUUUUCCCACGCCAUGUUUGUGUAUAAAAACUAUAUUGGUGUCAUGGGAGGGUGUCCUAUCAAACAACACUAUCAAGAGUUGUCAGUACUCAAAGUGGGGUCCAGUGUAUGGAAGCGUAUCAAGUUGAGUUCCGUUGGUGAAGACCUUUUUGUUCGUUCGACAACGAGUGUUGUUGGUGAUGAUCUUGUUAUUGUAGGUGGUGGUGCUUCUUGUUAUGCGUUUGGAACUAAGUUUAGUGAACCGAUGAAACUAAACUUGCUUUCGUUAGUUUCUUUCGCUGAACCUUUUAAUGAGACCGAGGACCAAUCAAAUAUUGAUUUAAAAACAAUGGUGCCUUUGCGUUGGGUUCUACGAGUUGAUAAAAAGCAUGCGAAGCCCGCAAAAGAUAUAUUAAAGAAAUUUGGAUGGUUAGAUGCAGAGAGAAAAGUAUACACGCAAGAAAAUGGAGUUCAUGUUUGUUUUCCGAUCACCAAAGAAUUUGUGGCACUUUACCAAAAUAAGAAACCAGACAUAAAUGGAGUCGUAAACGAGGUAAGUAACCUUAAUUUGCAAGAAAUCUUGAAGGUUGUUUCAAGUGCAAGGGCCUUGGAUCUUUUGGCUGCAUUAGGUGCAACCACACAUGCUGACCAUAUCGUCAAAGUUAAAAAAGCUUCAAGUUCUCCUUUGAAAGUAAUGAAAGAUGCGGUUGCUUCUUUGUUAAAUCGUCACAAUCUGCCUACAACACUCUUGGAACAACUACCCACGAGAUGGGAGCGAUUAGGUGACAUUGUUGUGCUUCCCAUGACUUCUUUUAAGGACUCGGUUUGGGACACGCUAGGAAAGGAGCUUUGGUUGACUGUUGCUGACUCACUUGGCGCCACUCGCCUUGCUCGACAAGGAAAGGUUUCACCUACCGGAACGAGAGAUAGUGGGCUGGAGAUUCUAGUUGGGGUCAACGGAUGGGUUGACCAUCGGGAAAAUGGAGUUCUUUACUCGUUUGAUGCUACCAAAUGCAUGUUUUCAUGGGGUAAUCUCUCUGAGAAGCGUAGAAUGGGGCAGCUUGACUGCAAACAGGAAGUUAUUGUUGACUUGUUUGCUGGCAUUGGAUACUUCACGUUGCCGUUUCUAGUCAAGGCUAAUGCAAAAAUGGUGUAUGCUUGUGAAUGGAAUCCCCAUGCUAUAGAGGCUCUCAGGCGUAAUCUUGAAGCAAAUGGUGUGGCUGAUCGUUGCGUUGUUCUCGAAGGAGAUAACCGUGCCACAGCACCUAAAGGAGUUGCCGAUCGAGUCAAUCUUGGUCUGUUACCAUCAAGCGAGGGUAGUUGGAUUACUGCUGUAAAGGCAUUACGGAGCGAGGGUGGGAUGAUGCAUGUGCAUGGAAACGUGAAGGACUCUGAAGAGGAUUCGUGGACAGAACAAGUCUCAAAAUCAAUUAAAGAAAUUUCACGAUCCGAAGGUUAUAAUUGGGAUGUAUCUGUUGAGCAUGUAGAAAGAGUAAAGUGGUAUGCACCUCACAUUCGCCAUCUUGUAGUAGACAUAAAAUGCAAACAAAUUGACUCAUAAGCCAACCGCCGCAUGUUUCCAAUUCGGCUUAUUUAUGCCCUGAGCCGCAUUAUCAGAAACUAUUGUUCUGUUGAUGCAAAAGAGUUGUGCAAUUUUGUAGAAAAAGGUAAUUGUUUAUACCCAUUUUUUGCAAGUUGAAGCCACUGAAUCAUGAGGUUGACUUGAAUCGAUCAAAAGGUUUAUAAAUCAGUUGGUUGUUUCGUCGAUCUAUGGUUUCACGAAAUAUGUAACUGAGGGUAUUUUAGUUUGUACUAAAUUGAGUUAUUGUUAAAAGUGAUUUUAUUAAUUAUGUAACUGAGGGUGUUUUUGUUUUA